AUGUUGCAGACUUCCAUGGAGGUUUCAGGCAUCUCCUCACCCAGUGAACCCGAGAGAGAUAUGAUGAAGCACCACCAAGACAGAAUGAUUUCUGCUACGCUGCAUUCAGCAUACGAUCAAGGUGAAGUCAAUUGUCCCAGGAGCAGAGGUAGUAACAGCAGUAGUAGUGGUGGUAGCAGCAGCAACAAGGAACCAGUGGGGUGUGGAGUUCCACCACUCUCUCCUGCAAGUCUUGGAAGUCCCCUUACAAGACAACCGGAAGCCACAGUGCUGGAGGCUGCACAGGAGCAGCGUCUUAUCGAACUAUUGCAUAAGGCCUCUCAAACCAUUAAGGAGGAGCGCGCGCGAUCAGCAGCGCUGCGUCAGGAACUUGAGGAGCUGAGACAAUCGACUGCAACAUUGUCCACCAUGCAAAAACUGCAGCAAGAGAACCAACAACUUAGAAAGCAGUUGGCAUCCAUGAACAGGCAACUCGAACUGAGUCAGUCACAUAAUCCUCAAACAAAGCAGAAGGAUGGAGAAAAGGAGCGAGAAGAACAACAACAAUCUGGGAAAAGCAGAUCACUUUCUGCGAGCCGGGGUGAUAGCACGUCGUCCAAGCGCUCAUCUGUGAAGGCGCCUCUCACGCCUUUAGCUACAAACACGGGUACAUACAUGAAGAAAAGCUACAGCGACGUGGAGCACACAAAACAGCGGGCAAUGUCUUUGCAGCGUCACUCUCAACUUUCCCAAAGUGAUGGCUCUCGGAGUCAUAGCAUGACAGGGACACAAACGCAAAAACAACAACAACAAGAGGAAAAACAACAACAACAACGUUCUCCUUCUGCUUUUAAAUGUGCCUCACAGCCGACUGUCCCGAAAACGGUUUCUUCUUCUUUUCGUGAUGAUGAUAAUUAUAAUUAUAAUGAUAAUGCUACUAAUGACCAUGCUGUUAGCAACAACAAGUGGCACUCUGUUGUCCCUCGCAAUGGCGAGACGACGUACAAUUCAGAAAUGAUUACUCGAUUACGACGUGCAUUGGCCCCGCCACCCACGAAGGAACAACUGGGUGAAGUCAUUCACGCAAUGGUACAGGAGAUUGUUCGUGAUACACGUCGACGAGGGCUCGAUUUGUACAUGAAGCGUCAAGCUCCUUGCGUGUAUCAAUGCACAUUUGGUAACGAUAAUACUCAGAAGGGAAAGGGAGUUGCGGCACGUGUGGUACACUUAUCGAUUGACAGCGGACGACUCACUGUGAAAAUGGGUGGUGGACACGUGAAUUUUCUAGAUUACUUGGAGCGGAAUCGUUUGUUACUCUCAGUAUAUAGACUUUAG